GCUUGUUUGCGCUUGUUCAACUUCUUUUUUUUUUAAAGCAUUUCGUAGCAUUAACGUCUCGAUGCGAAUAAAUGUGUGCAGUGUGGUGUAAGUGCAAUGAUUGCCUAUAUAGCUGUGAAUUUGUUUUAAAAAUGCGCCAAAUGCAAACAACAGCUACAACAGUACAAACACAACAACAACGACAUCAAAGAAACGCAAGUGCGUGCUGCACAACAACAACAACAACAAUAACACGCAUCUAGUGCCAAAAUUAGCCGGCACAGUCAGCGCACUUGUUUGAGUUCUCUGCCUGCUUAUCGCUUCCGCCAAAAACAAAAACGAACAAUUUAAAAAGGAAACCAAAUCAAACGAAACGAAACAACAGUCGAAGAGGAAGCAGCAGCAGCAGCUGCAACAAUUGUGCGUACGAACAGCAACAACAAGAUGUACACAUGACAACAGCGCCAUUAAGCAUCAGCGUCCUAUAUGUACAUAUGCGUGUAUGUAUGUAUGUAUGUAAUUUCAAUUUGCCAUACGCCUGAAACAUGCGUAGACCGUCCGCGUUGAGUCGCAAUCAUUAUUUUGUGAUCGGGCUGCUGCUGGGCCUGGUGCUCAGCUGCUAUAUACCGCAGGACAUUUGGGAGCUGGUGCAGCAGGAGGAAUGCCCGCAGGAGGUUGCCGAAAAUUUGCUCAUCGAACGCUUUGGCCAGGACUUUGAGCCGCAUUUGAAUUUGAUUAAUAAGCCGCUGGCGGCCAAAAAGCCGGUAAAAAAUGUGCUCCGCCCGCGGUAUUACUCCUCGGAGUUGGGCAUACGUGAGAAGAUUUUUAUUGGUGUGAUGACGUCACAGGAGAACAUCAACAGCUAUGCGACCGCCUUCAAUCGGACCACCGCCCAUCUGGUGAACAAGAUCAAGUUCUUCAUCAACGCAGACAGCGCAAAGACCAACUAUCAGCUGAAGAACAUCGUGGGCUUUACCGACACGCGCGAAAGCCGCCGACCAUUCUAUGUGAUCAAAUAUAUUGCGGAUAAUUAUCUGGACGACUAUGAUUACUUUCUGCUGGUGCCGGACAAUGUCUAUGUGGAUGCGCGUAAGCUGACUGCGCUGCUCUAUCACAUGAGCAUCACCUUUGACCUGUAUAUGGGCGGCACGCGUGUUGGACUGGGCGAAUCCAGUGAUGCGCCUCCCUCUGCUGGCAAUGCUGCUGGCGAUGAAUCCUUGAAUGAUUCUGAUGCUGCCGGUCUCAGUGAUCGCAACUAUUGUGCCCUGGAGGCGGGCAUACUGCUUAGCAGCAGCGUCAUCCGCAAGAUGCGCAACAAUCUGGAUCGCUGUGUACGCAUUGGCAUUACGAAUGAUCACAGUGUCAAUAUUGGGCGCUGUGUCAAGUAUGCGAGUCGUGUGGCUGGCUGUCAAGAGAGUUUUCAGGGUAUGCGCCAGUACAGCUAUGCCUUGAACACAAAGGCGCGCCACUAUAAGGAUCUCAGCAUACUGGCCAAGGAGCCGGCAUUUCGCAAUGCUACCACAGUUUAUCCCGUGCAGACGCCGGAGGAUUUCUAUCGCCUGCACGCCUACUAUUCCAAGCAUCAUCUGGAGCUGGUGCAGCAGCGCGGCUAUGCGCUGGAACAGAAAUCGUAUCGGAUUGCCAACGGCAGCAUCUCCAACAAAAUACUCGAAAUCCGUUGGCCAUUGGGCGUGCCGCCGCCCAGUGCGCCAGAGACGCGCCACGAUAUGCUCACCUGGCAGCUGCUGAAUGGAACACACAGUUUUCUGCCGAACGCCAAUGCGGAUCGCGCGGUAGCGCCGCUCAGCCGCAUCGAGGCACUGGACUUUGCCAAGGUGCUGGACAUAGCGCUGCAGUAUGCCGCCCAGAAGUACCCGAAGCUGCAUUACCAGGAUCUGCACAGUGCCUAUCGCAAAUUCGAUGCCACGCGCGGCAUGGACUAUCAACUGCAUCUGAAUCUGUACGAGGGUGCCACACCGAAGCGUCUGUUGCUCAAAAGCUUUGAGGUGAUCAAGCCACUGGGUCGGGUCGAGGUGGUGCCAUCGCCCUAUGUCACGGAGAGCACACGGAUUGCGAUCCUGGUGCCGGCAUUUGAGCAUCAGGUGACCGAUGCGCUCGAUUUUGUGGCGCAAUACGAGCGCAUUUGCAUGGCCAACCAGGACAAUACCUUUCUGCUGCUGAUAUUUCUGUAUCGCUUCGACUCGCCCAGCAAGGGCGACGAUGAUCCCUUCAAGACUCUGAAGAAGUUGGCCUUGGAUUUAUCCACCAAAUACAAGACGGAUGGCUCACGCAUUGCCUGGGUAUCCAUACGGCUGCCGGAGCAGCUGAGUGCACCAAUUAAGCCAGACGAUUGGCUGCUGCACGCCUCCAUGUACGGAAGCCAGCAGCUGCUCAGCCUAGCCGUUGCGGAUCUGGCACUGCCCAAGCUGGGGCUCGAGUCGCUGGUGCUGCUGGCGCCGCCGGGCAUGCUCUUUCGCACGGAUUUCCUCAAUCGUGUGCGCAUGAACACCAUACAGGGCUUUCAGGUCUAUGCGCCCAUUGGCUUUCAGCUGUAUCCCUGCAACUGGGCGCAUUUCUGCAAGGAGUGCGACACCUGCGACAUUAGCCAGAGCAGCGGCUAUUUUGAUCGCCAGAAUCACGAUGUCAUUGCCUUCUACAGUCGCGACUAUGUCCAGGCUCGCAAAAUUUUGGAUCCCCUGGGUCUGCCCAUAAUGCGCAGCGAUCUGGACAUUGAGCAGCUGCUGCUGCAGGCGCCGCAACGUCCCGCCGGCGUCGAGAGCAUCCUGGACAUGUUUGUUGCCGCACAGCAUACGGUGCACAUAUUGCGCGCCGUUGAGCCACAUCUGCGUUUCGGCCUGUCUGUCCGUAGUCAUUUGGCGCGCGGCGGCUCGCUGCCGCCGACGUUGCCAACGGAUGGAUGUGGCCGGCAGCAGUGCAUCCAUUUGGCGUCGCGCAAACAGAUCGGUGAUGCGAUCAUACGCUACGAGGAUAAAAGUAUUCUGCAAAAGUAGGGCAGCUCCAGCUGUUAUACUGUUAUACAUUAUAGAGAUAUCAUCAUCAGUUCCUUGCUAAACAUACAUAUAUAUGUCUAUAUAUAUAUAUAUUGCCAAGAGUGUGCGUGUGCGU